AUGGCUGGCGGCUGGGCUGAUCUCUUCUCCCUCAUCUUCUCCAAACUCUCCCUUCCUCAAUUUCUCCGCUCGGCCGCCGUCUGUCUUCGGUGGUCGGCUGUCGUCCGACACCUGCCCACUUUCGGCAACCCUAGACCAAGAUCUCUCGGAGGUUCUUCUCCCGUGGCUGGCGGCCGCUGGUCUGAUCUCCCGCCGGAUCUCUUCUCCCUCAUCUUCUCCAAACUCUCCCUUCCUCAAUUUCUCCGCUCGGCCGCCGUCUGUGUUUCGUGGUCGGCUGCCGUCCGCGAUCUAUCCACGCGCGGAAGCUACUUUAAGUUCUGCAGGCAGAGCCCCUGGCUCGUGCUUAACGACAAUCCCCACGGCGACCCAUCCGCCAUCACCUUCUACGCCUCGGAUGAGCGAAGGGAGUACACUACCACCAUCCCCGUCCCGGACCCUCCCAUAAGCGACCGACUCUUCCUCGGCUCUGCUCACGGUUGGAUCAUCACGAUCGACGCCCGCCUCCAGGUGCAACUGCUGAACCCGAUCACCGGCGCGCAGAUCGACCUCCCUCGCCUGAGCGGCGCCUUCCCCUCCGAGCACACCCACCCCAUCCGCGACAGUGCAGGGCGCCUAAUCGGCUUCAUGACGCCGACACCAACGUGCCAAGAGCUUGUAGAACAGCUUCGCCUGAAAGCAAUUCUAUCUGCUGAUCCGUCGCUCGGAGAUGGCUACGCCGUGGCGCUCUUCCAAUAUCCUCCCGGGAGAAUCUAUUUCACCGGCUCCGGCGACGAGAAAUGGUUCGACUUAAAAAAUCGCAUUUUAAUCUCAAAUAUGGUCUUCCAUCGAGGCAACCUGUACAUGAGCGCAUAUUCAGUUUCGGCAGUGUAUUUUUGUGACUUAGCCGAAAUUCAACGUGGCGAGAAGCCCAGAUUUAGAGUGGUCGAUCAGGAUGCAAGUUCUAACGUGCUCCUGCACUAUUUGUUUGAGACUCCUCGAGGGGAUCUUUUUAGCAUUUGGAGGGAGAAAGGUACAAAUACUACUAAGACCGUAUCAUUCAGGGCGUACAGGGUGGUGAUGGAUGAUGAGGGGAAGCUAAGUAAAAGACUAGAAAAAACGAUGGACGUGGUAGAGUUUAUUAACUACUUAAAAGGCGGCAGGGCGGUGAUGGAUAAGCAGAUUCUUCAAAGAGAUCAUGAAGCGAACGACGAUUUGGGAGUCUUGAUCGCCCUCUUAGGCAGCUGCGACCCACUUUGUCUUGAUGCUUGUGCUUUUCCACACUUGACGCUUAAUUCUAUAUAUUUUAUGCGUGACGAUAGAUUUCGAGAUCCAGAGUGUCAAGACGACUAUUGGCGAAUGUUUGAAGAGCGAAAUUUGCAAAGGUUUAAAGUUUACUUUUACCCUGGCUGCGAUCCGGCAUUGUUUUUGGAUCAAAAUUGGUUCAGAAAAUUUCUGAAUUGUCCGAUUUCCUUGAGCGACGCCACUAAUUCCGUCCGAUUAUAUUGGCAGCCUCCCUCAAGCUCCAUUAAUUAG